CUCUCAUCUCUGCAUUUUGUACCGGCAUCCCAAUAGCCUAUUUAUUAGGCAAAAGAGGGAGCUUUUCUAUUUAUGUCACUAGUAAAAUACAGAAUGACAAUACUAUUGUUGAUCCAGUAUCUUGUCAAUGAUCAUGUGGAAAUUUAUCCUGAAGGCCAAAGAUUUACAGAGAAGCCAUGUUCAUAACUCCUUUUCGUGGCUAGAAAUAGCAUGUUUUUUUUUUUUUAAUUUAGAAAUAGCAUGUUCAUAACUCUUUUUCGUGGCUAGAAAUAGACAUACUGUAUGAAAGGGAAAUAUUUUAACUUUGGAAAAGAAUCACAGAGCAUAAUCAAAUACACCAUCCAUCACUUCCUUACUUUGUCUCCAUUAUAAGCUUCCGGUUAUUGAUUAACGAUGCCGAGGCUUUAUUACUUCCUAACUCUGUUGCUAAAUUUAGCGGUAACAGUCUUUUGUGCUGACAAAUAUAGCAGGGAGGACUUCCCUCCUGGCUUUGUUUUUGGUGCUGCUACCUCUGCUUAUCAGGUGGAAGGAGCAGCAAAUGAAGAUGGGAGGACUCCUAGCGUCUGGGAUACCUUUACUCAUGGGGGUGCAGAUGUUGCAGCUGAUCAGUAUCACAGAUACAAGGAAGACGUGAAACUUAUGGCAGAAACUGGGUUAGAGGGUUAUAGAUUUUCCAUCUCAUGGUCUAGACUUAUUCCAAAUGGAAGAGGGCCUGUCAAUCCAAAGGGCGUACAGUAUUACAACAAUCUCAUCAAUGAACUUCUAAGCCAUGGCAUCCAAGCACAUGUUUCUUUGUUCAAUUAUGAUCAUCCACAGUCGCUUGAAGAUGAAUAUGGAGGAUGGAUUAGCAGAAAAAUGGUGAAAGACUUCACAAAUUAUGCAGAUGUCUGCUUCAGAGAAUUUGGAGAUAGGGUUUCAACUUGGUCUACUAUAAAUGAGCCAAAUAUUUUUUCAGUAGCCGGCUAUGGGCAGGGAGUAACACCACCUGGACGAUGUUCUCCUCCAUUUGGAUUAUUCAAUUGCUCCAAAGGAAACUCUUCCUAUGAGCCAUACUUGGCAGCUUACCAUAUAUUGUUGGCUCAUGCAUCAACUGUAAGACUGUACAAGAACAAGUAUCAGGUAUCAAUCAUUUCAUCUUCUGUAUUUACCUUCCUGAUGAAUUAUUUUUCAUGUUGGAUUUCAUAUAAUCAGGACAAGCAACACGGACACAUAGGGAUCAGCCUCUUUACCUUUUGGCUUCUCCCACUAACUAAUUCCACAGAGGAUCUAGCGGCUACAGAAAGAGCCAAAGACUUCUUUUUCGGUUGGUUUAUGAAUCCCUUAGCUUUUGGAGAUUAUCCAGAAACGAUGAAGAAAUGUGUAGGCUUAAGACUUCCAGUUUUGACCAAGGAAGAAUCCAAAUUGGUUAAGGGAGCAUUUGACUUCCUAGGAGUUAUACAUUACACUACAGUUUAUGUCCAGGAUAACUCCCAAAGUGUUAAAUUGGAAACCGGAGAUUUCUAUACUGACAUGGCAGUAAAUAUAUUUUUGGGUGAGGAUGAUCCAUAUGCCAUAUUCCUAAAAGAACUUCCAAUAAGGCCUUGGGGUCUGCAAGGAGUUCUGGAGCACAUUAAGCAAACUUAUGGCAAUCCUCCUGUUUACAUCCAUGAAAAUGGUCAAGUGACUCCACAUAAUUCCUCAUUGGAAGACACAACAAGAGUGGAAUAUCUGCAUGCAUAUAUUGGGAGUUUGUUAGAUGCAAUAAGGAAUGGAUCGGAUACAAGAGGGUAUUUUGUGUGGUCCUUUUUAGAUUUAUUCGAAAUAGUUGGUCAUGGCUUCGAAUCAACUUAUGGCCUGUAUUUCGUAGAUGUGGAAGAUUCAAACUUAACAAGAAAACCCAAGCAAUCUGCACAUUGGUACUCCAACUUCUUGAAAGACUCAAAUGCCAGUUCUGAUAAAACUAUCCAACUUGACAGAGAAAUUUUACCGAGUUCUCAUCAGGAACACUAGGUUGUAGGUUUUCAGCAAGCUUUUUAUCGAGCUAUCAGGGUUCCAAUAAGCUUUUGAAUUGUAAGGUCUUUCUUCAUUUCUUAUAAGAACAUUGAAGUGUAAUGACAUGAACAGUAGUGCAAAAUUUCAGUCUUGUUGAUGAAUAAUCCAAACAAUCUAUUUUAUUCUUGGAAGUUCAA